AUGAAUAAGGUGGGCCAAAGUACCAAUAUUCAAAUAGCUCACCGCAAAUGGGACCUUUACGAACUUCCUACAUUGCGUGAGACUUCAGCCGAUAUUUGGACUUUAAAAACUAGCAACAGUUUGGAGCGACCCCGCUUUCUUAUAAUCGGUUUCCAAAAAAACGAAAAUUGUGAUAAGAAAGAAAAAGACGCCACAGAAUUUACUACGGCUGAUGUGAGCGACAUUCGCUUAUACCUGAAUUCCUCGGUAUAUCCAUAUGAAAGAUGGAAUCUAGAAUUUUCAAAGAAACUGUAUGCACCAGCAUAUUACAACUAUGAAAAUUUCCAAAGUAGUUACUAUGGACGUGAGAUGAACGAGCCAAUGUUGGAUUUUGCAGAGUAUUUACAAAAUCCUGUGUUUAUUAUCGAUUGCAGCCGACAACCAGAAGCCGUGAAGUCCUCCACAGUGGAUGUGAAAAUAGAAUUUCAAACAAGAAAGACUAAAUUUCCAAAAGACACUAAAGUUUAUGCGUUAAUAAUUCACGACACUUAUUUUAGUUAUAAUAUGUUAAAUGGUUCUGUAGCAAAUAGAUCCCUGUAUUAG